AGUGAAUCUGACACUUACUGUAUAGGCCUUAUACAUUACCCUGGUCCCUGAAGAUUCCUAGUGUUGUCCACUGUGGGUUAUGACUGCAAAGGGAGGUGUACUAUACUCAGAGGAACAUUCAACCAUCAUUAUCCAAAGAGGUAAAGCAAACUUGUUUGUGAAGAAUAGCCACAAUGGAGAUGCAAAGGUGAGAUGAUAAAAAUGACAAAUCAAUUUUCAUCUUUAUUCUCAUUUUUACUUAGUAAUAAUAGGAAUGUAGGCUUUUAUUUGAUGUAAAAAGUAACAUAAAUUGAGGGUGCAAAUGCGUCAUGAUGAGCUCCUCAGAGGGCCUUUAUGAAAUGGUGAGAGUGUUACAUCAUUGGUUCUGAGCUAAACCAGCUGCACAGUAGGCUGUGAUUGUCAGGUUUUAGAUUAGGCUAUCUGACUUAAGGCUAUGUCACUCUACAUCCAGCAAAUAAUUGCACUAUAAACACUGCAAAUCAAUGAAAAUAUAAUGAAAGUCUAUAGAAUACGUUUUGUGUGGGUUUCCAUAUUGAAUAUAAAUAAAUAAAUUGGUCAUUUAGCAGACGCUCUUAUCCAGAGCAAUUAGGGUUAAGUGCCUUGCUCAAGGGCACAUCGACAGAUUUUUCACCUAGUCGGCUUGGGGAUUAGAACCAGCAACCUUUUGGUUACUGGUACAAUGCUCUUACCCACUAAGCUACCUGCCUACCCCGUACAUUUAGAUGAAACUGGAUUUUAAACACCUCUUAGUGAAUGUUUGUUGAUAUUCCCUUAUUGGAAUGAAGUUGCAGAAUACUUAAGAGUCAGUCUUAUUUACCUCAUUCUGUGACGGGAGCUCUUCUCUUCCCAGCCCUGUUGGCAGAGCUCUUAUUAAGACAUGUGCCUCACAUUCCUGUCCAUUCCCCACUGCACAUUCAGCACCUCUGGCCUACUUAUGUCAAUAGAAUUCAUAGGCGAAAUUGCCACAGUGGAUGUGGGGACAUGUCCCCCCCAAUAUUCAGAACAGGUCGAUUCGUCCCCCACAAUAAAUAAAAAAAUGUGGGGGUGGGGGGGCUUGUGGGGGGGUGAUCGGGGGCCCCCCAGAUAGCAUUUGAACACGUCAUAAGCAAUGGCGAAAUGUGUAGAAUUGCAGGAAAUUAGAUUUAAAACUGCAACGUUUUCUCUCAUCCUCAUGACAAAAUGUGUAGAAUUGCAUUAUAAAACUGCACAUUUUUCUCCCUGAAAUAUGAUUGGCCACCCUUGGUGUUUUUGCGGAUUGUAGUAUACUGUAGUAUUUACUGUAGUGUUUUUGCAGAAUGUAAUAUACUGUAGUAUUUACUAUAGUGUUUUUGUUUAAUUAUCUUUGACAUCGAAGUGGAGUCUUUCUCCUUGAGAAAACCUUCUGGAGAAAGACAGAAAGAGCACAUUUUCCAUAACCUUUAGGUAUAGUACUGGGGUCUGAACAGAUCGUUCAGCACUUCUGCUCUUUUCUAUAACCUGUAUGGAAGACAAUAUGGUCUAUACUUGGCAUGUGUGGUCCUCUGUAGCUCAACUGGUAGAGCACGGCGCUUGUAACGCCAAGGUAGUGGGUUCGAUCCCCGGGACCACACAUACACAAAAAUGUAUGCACGCAUGACUGUAAGUCGCUUUGGAUAAAAGCGUCUGCUAAAUGGCAUAUUAUUCUUAUGUAGGUUUUUCACUUAUGCGUGGCACAAAUUAGGAUAUGGGGGAGGGGAAUGUGCAGGGUAUAUGCAAAUCAAUUUAAAUACUGUAGUAUUUACUAUGAUAAAAAAAGUGGAGUCUUUUUGCGGACUGUAGUGUUUUUGCGGAUAUUACUGUAGUAUAUACUAGAGUGUUUUUUUUGCGGAUAAUACUGUUGUAUUUACUAUAGUAUUCUACGGUAUAAUACAACAAUCUAUAGUAAGUACUACACAUGCUUGAGGAAUACUGCAGUGUGUAGUAUAGUAUUCUACAGUAUACUACAUAAUUCUAUAGUAAGUACUGUAGUAUUCUACAGUAAAUAGUAGUCUUUUUUCAUGUGGGCUGUUAGGGUAUAUUAUGAAACCUUCAUACAGUGGGGAGAACAAGUAUUUGAUACACUGUCGAUUUUGCAGGUUUUCCUACUUACAAAGCAUGUAGAGGUCUGUAAUUUUUAUCAUAGGUACACUUCAACUGUGAGAGACGGAAUCUAAAACAAAAAUCCAGAAAAUCACAUUGUAUGAUUUUUAAGUAAUUAAUUUGCAUUUUAUUGCAUGACAUAAGUAUUUGAUACAUCAGAAAAGCAGAACUUAUUAUUUGGUACAGAAACCUUUGUUUGCAAUUACAGAGAUCAUACGUUUCCUGUAGGUCUUGACCAGGUUUGCACACACUGCAGCAGGGAUUUUGGCCCACUCCUCCAUACAGAACUUCUCCAGAUCCUUCAGGUUUCGGGGCUGUCGCUGGGCAAUACGGACUAUCAGCUCCCUCCAAAGAUUUUAUAUUGGGUUCAGGUCUGGAGACUGGCUAGGCCACUCCAGGACCUCGAGAUGCUUCUUACGGAGCCACUCCUUAGUUGCCCUGGCUGUGUGUUUCAGGUCGUUGUCAUGCUAGAAGACCCAGCCACGACCCAUCUUCAAUGCUCUUACUGAGGGAAGGAGGUUGUUGGCCAAGAUCUCGCGAUACAUGGCCCCCAUCCAUCCUCCCCUCAAUACGGUGCAGUCGUCCUGUCCCCUUUGCAGAAGGUUCACGGUGCAGUCGUCCUGUCCAUGCUUCACGGUUGGGAUGGUGUUCUUGGGGUUGUACUCAUCCUUCUUCUUCCUCCAAACACGGCGAGUGGAGUUUAGACCAAAAAGCUCUAUUUUUGUCUCAUCAGACCACAUGACCUUCUCCCAUUCCUCCUCUGGAUCAUCCAGAUGGUCAUUGGCAAACUUCAGACAGGCCUGGACAUGCGCUGGCUUGAGCAGGGGGACCUUGCGUGCGCUGCAGGAUUUUAAUCCAUGACGGCGUAGUGUGUUAAUAAUGGUUUUCUUUGAGACUGUGCUCCCAGCUCUCUUCAGGUCAUUGACCAGGUCAUGCCGUGUAGUUCUGGGCUGAUCCCUCACCUUCCUCAUGAUCAUUGAUGCCCCACGAGGUGAGAUCUUGCAUGGAGCCCCAGACCAAGGGUGAUUGACCGUCAUCUUGAACUUCUUCCAUUCUCUAAUAAUUGCGCCAACAGUUGUUGCCUUCUCACCAAGCUGCUUGCCUAUUGUCCUGUAGCCCAUCCCAGCCUUGUGCAGGUCUACAAUUUUAUCCCUGAUGUCCUUACACAGCUCUCUGGUCUUGGCCAUUGUGGAGAGGUUGGAGUCUGUUUGAUUGAGUGUGUGGACAGGUGUCUUUUAUACAGGUAACGAGUUCAAACAGGUGCAGUUAAUACAGGUAAUGAGUGGAGAACAGGAGGGCUUCUUAAAGAAAAACUAACAGGUCUGUGAGAGCCGGAAUUCUUACUGGUUGGUAGGUGAUCAAAUACUUAUGUCAUGCAAUAAAAUGCAAAUGAAUUACUUAAAAAUCAUACAAUGUGUGUAUCAAAUACUUGUUCUCCCCACUGUAUGUAGGAAGAUAGUCCGUGAUCAUUAGACAGUAUGCAACACCACAUUGAGCAAGUGUUAAACAUAUCAAAAUAUAUUUUAUAAUUGAGAUUCUUCAAGUAGCCACCCUUUUUCCUUGAUGACAGCUUUGCACACUCUUGGCAACACCACCUUGCCAAGAGUGUGCAAAGCUGUCAUCAAGGCAAAGAGUGGCUACUUGAAGAAUCUCAAAUAUAAAAUAUAUUUUGAUUUGUUUAACACUUUUUUGGUUACUACAUGAUUCCAUAUGUGUUAUUUCAUAGUUUUGAUGUCUUCACUAUUAUUCUACAAUGUAGAAAAUAGUAAAAAUAAAGAAAAACCCUUGAAUGAGUAGGUGUGUCCAAACUUUUGACUGGUACUGUAUGUCUGGACAAUGUCUGACUUUUAAUUUCUGAAAACACAGAUGAAUCCUACUAAAAACCCUUUUCAAUGGAGAUUCUCUAUUUAAAGUGCUUUUUAGUCCACGUCGAGUAGGCUUCAUCUAGGUCUAGGAAACCAGCCCUGUAUAUUUUAAAUCCCGUUAUCACUAGGAUGUACCUGUUUAAGUUGGAAGACAGAGCACUGUUUUCUUUAAUUUAAAAACAAUGAAACCUUUACAAUUAUUAAAUUCCCUAAACAGGGGAAGGUUUUACAGCUGCAAGAUGUUUUUAAUAGAAAAUAUUUUUGCUGCAGUCUCAGAGCAAGAGACCUAACUAACCUGGAUAAAUAAAGGUUGAAUAAAGAAAAUGACAUUUUUUACAGCUUUCUUACCUUUAUGUCAUUAUGAGAGGCCGGAUCAGGGGUAUUGUUUCUGUUCGGCUGCUUGCUCGUAUUCUAUUCAUGCUGUGGCUCAUGAAUUUUACAACUUGUAUGUUGUUCUGAAACUGUAUCUCAGUCCUUAUGUACAUAGAUGUCCUGUCGUUUGUUUAUGUUCAUAGCUCACUCCUGCCUUGUUCAUUUGUUCAGCUACCUUCAGAUUCAAUUCCUCAAAGACAAGUGUCUUCAAGUCCUUUUUUGCUGUAACAAAAACAGUAUGUCACGGUAUUAAAAAAGUGAAUAAAAUAAAACAAAAAUAAAACACCAAGUGGAGAUUAAAGGUAGUGUGAGAAAUGCUAAUAAUAGAAUAACUUGCCUCAUUAAAUGUUAUGCUAUGAUGGACCACGGUAUGAACUAAGCUAAGGAUGGAGUUAAACCGGAGUGACAUAUAUCAUGAUUGUUCUAGCGUUAGAGAUACAGUGACAGGGAGGGAUGUGAUUGGGUGGUGGUAGCAGACAGGUUGUUAAGCAGUGUUUUCAAGAGGGCCAACCUCCCUGUAGGAGUAAGAUAUUGACCUGAGCACAAGAACACCCCCCUCACCUGUCAAUAUUGGGCUGAACUGAGAAACUACCAUCAGGUAGAGACCCUGGUAGGGACGACUAGAGGCAAUGGAUCCUGCCACUGCAGACAAUGUAAAUAUACUGUAUUCAUAUAUACUCAUAUAAUGACAAUAAUGAUGUGCAAUGUUGGUUGAUGAUACAAUGAUAAAUGAUGUAAAGGUGCUCAACAGUAGCUGUGUGGGGUUUGGUACACACAUGGAGUAUUUGGUCACUUAAGAAUAUCUACUGCAUUCCAACUGUAAUCAAAGAUUGAUACUGAUAAUAUCCAUGGCACUCAUUGAAAGCAUGUUGAACUUUAAGCUUUUGGAUGUUUUGAUAUUUGCUUUUUAGUGUUUGUUGGUCUUUUUUUCUAGCUUGGUGAAAUAGAAUGGUAAAAGCAGCAAUCAGGCUGGUUCCACCAGGCUGGAUUUGUUUUCAUCGUCAUGCGUGCAAUUAUAUUACAAAAUAUUGCAGAUAUUUCUCAAGUUCCAUUUGUUUUGAAAUAAUGUGCUUUGUGAAACAAGCAGGAGUUUUAAAAAAUAUAUUUCCACUCUCUGAACAUUUAUGGAAUGGAUUUUUUUUUAUUAUUAAUUGAAACCAUUAUCAUUAUUAUUAUAAUAGUAAUGCAAUUGGUUCGUCUUCUACAUUAUAUUACAUUUUUGCAUUGUGAAGUUUGAUUUGAGGUGCAACCAUGUCCACCCACUGCUCUGUAAACACAUGUAGUUAAAUAAUGGUAUUAUAUCAACAGGAUAGACUAUUCAAUUUCCAAUCAAUGUGAAUCAACAGGCACUUUUUUGGCAUCAUUUUCACUAUGAGUUAUAAUACAAAUGUUCUCAAUCAUGGAAUCUCACUUCCAUGAAAAGUGAAAUAAUUAUAGGCCUACUUCACCAAGUUUAAGGAAAUAAAAUGUAGUGUAUCUUUGGGAGCAGGCAACAUUUUUGAAAAAGUGAUAAAGGUCUGUUUGUCCUUUAGAAUGAAUGUGACAUGUAAGAGGAAUGGUAUGGCCUUUCCAGACAUCGUCAAGGUCCUAAUAAAGUAUUCUCUUCGAUGUCAGGGUGAGAGUCAUUAUAGGUGUAAUGGUUACAUCUUAAUGUCCUGUGUCAUUGAAAUAUUCCUUGUAUAGUCAAGACAUGCCCGAAUACUGCGCCACCCACAUUGCUAAAGAUAGCAUUUAUGGUGUUAUUUACCAAUUGGACAUCGAAAUAAGGUGAUUGUGACAGGCUGGAUUUGUCCUGUGUAACCAUAAAAAAUUAGCUGUUUCAUUUGUUCAUUUUGAGCUCUACAGCUUAGUGUGUGCUCUUUAAAAAACAACAGCUGUCAAACACGUAGCCCAUCCAUGUGACUCGUUAGAAAGAUUAUUUAUCACUGGCUCCAUUAAAAAUAGUUUCAGGUAGUAAUGGUUUUAUUGCCCAUAAACAACCACUUAUAUCAGACGGUACAUAAUUUGUCACAGGUAGUAGAAUACAGAACACAAGUCAAUGAUUUGUAUAAAUAGACAUUUGGAUGCUGUAAGCCUACUAAGUAAUCUCUUCCUGUCCUGUCUGUGUCAUAGAAUGUAGUUAUGUUCUAUGAGGCUACAGGGCCCGGAGCAAGCAGUUGGUGGGAAGUGUAGGAGAGGGGGUGGAGGGCCAUUACAUGGCUGGAGCCUUUGGUCAUCGUGCAUGGCGGCAUGGUCAUAGAGGUAGUGACACUCAGAUUUCACCUCCAUUCCUAAUACUGACUGACUGGAGGCGAUGGCAGCCAAAGGCAUCUCACUCACUCCCAUGGAUUUCUCAGCUCACCCCUUCCUUCUCCCAAUCGUGCCAGCUGGGCCGUGACAGGAAACCUUGCCCUGUGGUGGGGGCAGGCGAGACACCCAGGCUGGAACAUGAUCUCAUUCCUUGCCGGCUCCAAACACAUAUAAAAUGUUGAACUGAGGCCUGCAACCGUAGAGCACAGACAGUUGACACUGGCUAUUGACUGGAGAUUUGAGCUGCCACAUAUACUUGACAAAUGAUGAUGGGUAUUCUACGAGUACAAGAGCUGGUAGAUCUUUACGUCUUUAUCUCUUUUUCAAAAUCUAGAGACUUUCAUUGUGGAUUCCACUUGAUUUGUAUUGCAAUCCACAGAAUAACCACAGUUGCAAGGAAUUUAGGGUUGAAAUGAGGAUUUCAGGUGUUGGACUAUGUUCACAGCUUUCAUGAUGCUUAGCUGCAACCUCAACAACCCUUUGAGAUUAAUAUGAAUUUCUACAGCAACAGUUUGAGAAUGAUAAUCACACGAAGACUGAAAUUCUUCAUACACAUGCUGCUGGGUGUCUUUAACUUACUCCCUCUAUCACAGAUGCCAAUGGGCAUGGGGGCAUAGGACACACAGGAUUGUCUCAGUUGCUCACAUAUUCCUAAUACAGUCUUGUCUUUCAUGUUCAAGGUUUCCGGCAAGAAAUGUGAGGGUAAAGAAUCCGGAGAUGUGCAGUAUUCAGAGGGAGAAUACGAGACAUCAGUCAACCAGGAGAAACAAGAUUACCUGAGAUCUCACAAUGACAACCUGGCUGACACAGAUGUCCCAAUGAAUUUAAAUGUAAGUCGAAUACUAUCUUAGUGUCCUUAGUACAAUGCCAGCAACCCUGUUAAGAGGUUUAGACCUGAUGAUCAUGUGUUGAAUUGACAGACAUAAGGUUGCAGUUUGAAUCUUGGUUGGGCAACCCUCUGAAUUUGCUGCAGUAGCCAUGACACUAACUUCAAAUAAAUCUGAAAUCAAAAAGUGUAAUCAUAGAGAUAAUGGCACCAAGGGCUAAAUCCUCAAUUGGGAAGCCGCUUUAUAGGAGUGCAAGAUGUAUAACAUCUCUCUCCUUGAAAUGUUUGGUUGGCAGGUAGACAAAUCUGGACAUCUGCGGUUAGAGACAAUUGAUGACCUCCAGAAUAUGCUGCAACUGAGGAAGUCGAGAAAGAGAGUGAGAAGAGUACAAGUUCGCAAGCCACCACCCGCACCAGAGACUGUGGUAAGACAGGCCUACUAGCUGAGUAGGGUGAUAAAGUAUCUAAUUUGAGACAUAGGAAUAGAGGCAAUUUACUUUAAGAUUUGACCCUUCAUAAGAAGACAAAUAAUUACUAAGUAACUGCUACAUUCAGCUAAAUAACCAUCUCUCUUUCCAGCCUUACUAUGUGGAUGAGGUGGACUUCUUCAAGGCCUGUGAGGAGAACAAACUGCCAUUGAUCGAGAGGUAUCUGGAAAAAUCGGGAGAUGUCAAUGCUUGUGACAAUGUGAGUGUUUAGAUAAUACCAACCAACCUGAAGUUUGCCAAUGCACCUCAGCUGUGUCAUCACAUGUAGUGUGUGUUGUAAUGCAAUGUGUCCUGCUUCCUUUACAGUUCAGACGUACAGGCCUGCACAGAGCUUGCACACAGGGACAUGUGGACGUUGUAAAGAGGCUACUGGAGGCCGGAUCUUUAAUUGAGAACAAAGACAAGGUACUUUAAUGGAAAAAUUCAAAAUAACUGCAGGUCCACGGGAGCCAAGCUCUUGGCAAUAUAUUGCACAGUCUUUGAUCCUUUACUGUAAAAUCAUUUUGAGUGUUGAUGAGAGAAAGGAACAGAUAAAAACAAGGUGGAUUUUUUGAAAUGUAUAAUCCCAUUGGUUGUCUACCUUUAGCUGGAUGCCACUGCUGUCCAUUGUGCCUGCCGAGGAGGAAGCAUGCUUGUGUUAAAACUGCUGCUCAACCACGACGGCAGCUUCUCUGCCAGGGAUAAGGUAAGCCUACAGAACACUAAACUAGCAAUCCAGACUUGGAUCUGAGAUUAUGUUAAUUGUGAUUGAUCUUGAAAUGUUUCUUUGUCCCUAAGCUACGCAGCACUCCCCUUCAUGUUGCAGUGAGAACCGGACACUAUGAAUGUGCUGAACAUCUCGUCCACUGUGGAGCGGACAUCAAUGCCAAAGACAGAGUGAGCUAUUCUCAUUCAGUGUAGGAAUUAAACCUUUGCUCUGAUAGACAGUAUAUACCCCUUAGAAUCUAAUCAGAAAUAUGAAACACCAAUGGGUCUUUAACUAUGAGGGGUUUUAUUUUCACACAGGAAGGAGAUACCCCCAUGCACGAUGCAGUAAGACUGAACAGAUUCAAAAUCAUCCAACUACUCCUGCUUCAUGGAGCCAAUCCAAAACUCAAGAAUUGUGUAAGUACUUGACUAACAUGGCCAGCAAACUUGUUACCUCAAUCUAUCAUAGUAUAGAAUGUCGUAUUUUGUUUGAAUAACACAAUGAUUUUAAAAUGACUUAUUUGCUUGUAAGGCUUACAUGUAUCAUGUAUUCAGAGAAUCAAACUAGUGAUAGCAAAGGUGACAGGAUUGAUACAUGACCACAGUGCCAUCCUGUGGUGAUGCAUAAGAUUGAAUCUGAGUACAGAAGAAAUAAGGCCCAUAUCAACUUUACAUUUUUGUCAUUUAGCAGAAGCUCUUAUCCAGAGCGACUUAGGAAAACAUCACAUAGUCAAAAGUGAUUGAUGUAACAUAACACUAACUACUAUUGAAAUAUUGAAUAUAACUUUGUUUUUCUCCAACACAGGAGGGGAAGUCACCAUUGGAUAGCACUCUGGAGUGGCAGAGUGGGGCUAAAUCUAUUCUCAGCAACUUCAAGGAUGAUGCAAAAACUCCAGUCAAGUAAAGUCCAGUUCAGUUAAAUUGCAUUUUACACAAGUCUCAAACUCAGAAUAAGUAGAUAACAGCAAAGACUAACCCAGUUCCUUUGUGGAGAGUGGUUGUCAAAGUGAGUCUAUCUGUUGAUUAUGGACAUACAGCUUCCAAGGUUUCAAUGAACGCUAGGCUGACUUCAAGACCGGAGUCAUUUCUUGCGAACUAGCAGAGGUUUGUGCUGAAACAAGUAACUUUGCAUUUGCUUCUAAGGAUGUUUGUUUCUUUAUAUGCAGUUUAUUGGAGGUCUGAGAUGCUCAAGAAGGUUGAAAAGGUUGACAAAUAACUAUAUGGGGAAAGAGAAAGUUGAAAGUUUGGAAAAUGUAGAUGGGACUUGACUUAUGACAUCAGCAUGUCUAUACUAUGCAUUCAGUUAAGUACUAAAUUGUAGUUUAAUUGUUGAAAUAAAUACUUUGAAUCAAUAUAUUCUUAAUUUCUCUUUAAUAUAA